AUGCUCUUCUGUGAAAUAUUUUUAGUGUCGGAUGAAAAAUAUCCGGCUUCGGCCUCUCAAAAAAUUCAGAUUCCGGCCAUUCGAAUUACCCGGGACAGACGCUACGAAAACAAAUAUACUGAAAACCUCUACUUAACACAGCUCGACCACAAUAUGCAGAAACAAGGGGAAACUGAUCAACGACUUGCAAAAGACAUAGAGAGACUGAAAUUGCUAGCGCACCCAACAGGUACUCUGGAAUUCAGGGACAGAACGGCAACAAAAGCGUUUACUCAAGCCAUACGAGACCUAGAUAUGAGAUAUGACCUCACAAUAUCAAAAAUAACUACACUUAAAAGAAUCUUGGAGCAGCAGAAGAUUCUAUGA